AUUUCUAAACCAGUUGACAAUUAAAACCUAACCCGACUGCCUGUCAAUUUUGAGGUCAAAUCCAAGAUGUCUGCCUACCAACAAGUAAAGAGUGGUAAAUUGAAAUUAAAAGGCGAGAAGUCCUCGAAAAAACACAAAAAUCGUAAACGUAAAAGAGAAAAUGACAGCGACAAACCUGAAGAUAUGGAUGCGUUGAGACAUGGCGGUUGGUGGAAGCUAACGAGCUAUCAUUCUCUCGGGUCAAACGUAGCUCUUCAAAGUUGUGUUAGUCAGAAAUAUAUCGAAGCAACAGACACUGGUGGUUAUAUAAUGGGAGAGUUGAAGGACUCAGUGAAUUCUCCAGCUCCCGUAGAAAUAUUCACGUCUGUUAAAACGUCGCUAAAUAAAAUUGCUUUGAAAUCUGGCUAUGGGAGAUAUAUGUCGGUGAAUAUGAUGGGUGAUGUGAGUGGUACUGCUGAGGCGAUUGGUUCACAAGAAAUGAUAGAACUUGUCUUUGAGGAGGACAAAGCUGCACUACAGACAUAUAAUGGAUGUUUCAUCGCAGUCACAGACAAGGGAGAACUCAAGGCUACACAGAAAAAUGCAUCUGAGAAUGCUCAGUUUUACCUCAGAACAGAUGCUGAACGAUUUACACAUGUAAAGAGUGAUUUACCAGAAGAUCUUCAAGAUAUGAAGAGCUGUGAGGUAUCCUAUGUGAAGAAGUUCCAAAGUUUCGAAGACAGAAAACUGCGAAUCAGUAGCGAGGAUGUUCGCGAUCUUAAGAAAGCCAAAAAACAGGGGAAUAUUCGCGAAAAACUGCUUGACAGACGUGAAAAAAUGAAGGCGGAUAGAUAUUGUAAAUAGGUCAACAUAACAAUUCAUCUUCUCAACUGUUCCUUUGAAGGCGAGCAGUUUUUAAAUGAUUCUCAACGCAAUGCAUUCAUCAAAACCAUAGAAAAAUAAGUCAUUGUAUAAAAAAACAGUUGAGAACAAACAUGCUGCGCUGAGAGUAUUUUUUUAAAAAGAAGAUUCAAAAAGACGUCGAUCUACAGUGGCAAGACUAGCUUUGAAAUAACAACAUUUUAACGUAAAAUAAUAAAUGUUUACUACCAGACGAAGUUUCAUUUAUUCAACGAGACACUUUUUACCUAUACUACAC